AAGACGUUCAACCAUUUGCAACGGUUUUUCCAUCUCAAAAACAAAAAAACACUAAAUUAAACAAUAUGUCCCUGCAACCACAAUGAAAAAUGCGCAAAUUUGUAGCGCUGAAUUGUUUGGUGGACUACAACGACUUUGAGACCUUCCCCAGUGAUGCCAUUCAAAACCUAAGACAAGCCGUACUCUUCCCUUCCGUGUACAAGCCAAACAUUCAGGAAGCGUUACAACGAAUCAACUUUACAUACCAUCGGACUUGCAGCUACUCGGACCUCAUACGGGAAUGUAACGUCGUGGAAGGUGAGACGCUGCUGAUGUUCUGGGGCUGCAACCGCUCCGAGAGCAGGUUCACCGUCAUGUCGGCCUCGAGUUGCUCCUCUGUCCACGCGCCGCCCAGCGCACAAAGCAGCAUGCGCGAGCGAGAGCUGCGCUCCACGGCGCAGCAGACCGAUAUCAGCUGCCGCCACUCCCCCGGGAUCGCCUCGCCAGUGUCGAUGUGCUCGGCGGAGGAGGCGCGGCAGCUGCGCGCGCGCAUCGCCGACUCGCUGACGUUCUCGUCGCCGGCGUCGUCGCUGCUGCCGCCCGCCGGCCGCUCCAUGUCCAUCCUCGGCUCCGUCUGCGCGCUGCUGCUCAACAAGCAGGGUUCGUCAGCGUGCCCCAAAGAGGUGUCUAGUUUCACGGGCAGCCGCACGUCGGACAACAUCUGCCGCAUCUGCUUCGGCGGCGAGUCGGCGGAGCGGCUGGUGCGGCCGUGCUCGUGCCGCGGCACCAUAGCCGCCGUGCACCGCUCGUGCCUGGAGCGCUGGCUGCUGCAGGCCGCCACGUCCUACUGCGAGCUGUGCCGCCACCACUACGUCGUCACCAGGAGCCACAAAUGGUCGUGGAUGCGGUCGAUGGCGGAGUGGGCGUGGUCGGGGCGCGGGCGCGCUCUGGCCGCCGACUUGUGGCGCGGCGCGGCGCUGGGCGCGGCCAGCGUGCUGGGCACGGCGCGCGCGCUGCACGCCUGCGACGCCGUGCUCCAAGCGGGCGCCCGGCGCGGGGGCGGCGCCGCGCUCGCCGCCAACCUCUUCUCCUCGCUGCUCAUCGGCAUCAUUGGCGCCCUGAACGGGCUGCUGACGACGUGGAUGCUGCUGAAGAUCCAGGAGCACCAGCUGUCGUGGCGCGCCUGGCGCGACUCCACGCUGCACGUGCGCGUGGCGCUCGGCGACUCCCCGCGCGCGUCCGCCGCCACGCUCGUGGCACCCCGUGACGUCACGUCGCCCGCCGCCACCGCCGACCGCGCCACCAACGUCGCCGACCCCUUCAUGGUCGCGCUGCCCUACCCGCUGUUCCCGGACCCUUAGCGAC